AUGACCCGCUCGCUUCCUCUCCUCGUCGGGGCGUUUGCCGCCGUCGCGACCGCCGAGACAACGGCCUAUGUCAGCUUCAUGAUGCCCGAUUGGGAUGGAGAGUAUCUCUCCGCCUCCGUCGUCGGCGUUGAGGGUGCCGCGACAACUCUCGCUGUUGGCUGCAAGGGCAUCACGCUGGACUGGAAGAUGUGCGAUACCAACCCCAAGACAAUUGUCGGAGGACCCUCCACCUUGUCCAUCAACUGGGUUGAUCGGAGUGCUCAUCUGUAUGACGAUGUCUUGUACACCCGGUCUCAGGAUAUUCGGUGCGACAUCUACCCCGAGCAAAGCACGGCGACCUGCACUUCGACCGACAUUUCCGUAAUCAAUGGCAAGAGGACCACCAGCGUGACGAUUGAGCCAACUUCCAGACCCGACAUUUACUUUCAACCUGUGGCUAUCACUGCGGGCCUCGAGAAGCUGGAUGGCAAAGAUGACGACGAGACAACCACGAUCCUUACCACGACCGCCCAGCCUCAAAGCACGAGUGUCGAGACAACCGCAUCUGAGACGUCGUCCGAGGUUGCAGUCGAGACUUCGUCUGAGCUUCAUAUUCCAUCUGAGCUUGUUGUGCCGACUCAAGCGACCGCACCAUCCAAGGCCCAGGGUAAUGACACCGCCAAGGCUACGUCCAUCUCAGCGCCCAGCACUGGUCCAAGCACUCCCGUCGAGGUCAGCCAUGCUAUUGGCCUCGGAUUGGCCCACAGCGCUCUUGUGGCUGGUCUUGUUGCUCUUGUUGGGGGCGCUGCUAUGCUUUUGUAG